AUGCCUCCCAAGGCUGCCUCCAUCCCCCAGGGGACCCCUAGCAAGGUCAAACGCACUGCUGUGGACAAGGCCAAGCCCAUCAAGGCCGCCAAGGAUGCCACGAUGGCUGACAAGGAGGUCGUAUUCCUCUUGAACCUGAUUAAAUUUCAGGGCGAAAUUGACUACCAGGCCGCAGCUGAUGGACUGGGCAUGAACGCACCUGCUGUGCGCAUGCGCUACACCCGCAUUCGGAACAAAAUGGAGGGAAAAGACGACUCGGCUAAGGCCGACAACACCAAGACCACGGAGGCCGGAAACUAG